AUGGAUUUAUUCUUCCAAGAAAUUUCCCAAGAUUUUGUAUAAAUUAAAGCUUGGAGAGGUGCUUUAUGCACCCUGUAUCUGGAGCAAGAUUCGAAUCCAUUUCCCCAAAUCAAAAAAAAAAAAAAAGGUUUGUAAGGCAUGGCCGAAUCUGCAUUGCCAGAAAACAAUGGAGAUCAUGCCGUUCCUAAGAUAAAGCUUGGAGGCGGUUUUUAUUACCUCCACAACCGGAGGCUAGGACAAGGCCCCAGAAAUUGGAUCCGUGUUGAUGCGCUUGGGAAUUCCCAGGUCAUCGAGGUUGAUAAGCUCACUAUGAAGCAUCAUUGUGAUCUCCCAGCUCGGGAUAUACGGCUUCUCGAUCCUCUGCUUGUUUACCCCUCAACGAUCCUUGUUAGGGAGAAGGCUAUUGUUGUAAAUAUGGAGCAGAUACGAUGUAUCAUCACUGCUGACGAGUUUUUACUUUUAAAUUCCCGUGAUAGCUCUGUUUUGCAGCAUGUGGAAGAGCUACAAAGGCGACUGAAGAGUGGAGUAGGUGAUGAUCAGAUUAGGCAAGCAGGGGGUCCUGACGAUGUGCUCGGUAGAGCAUACUUCGAAUUGCCCUUUGAGUUUAAGGUUCUUGAAGUUGCUCUUGAAGUUGUUUGUGCAUUACUCGAUUCUCAGGUAACAGAGCAUGAACUUGAAGUAUAUCCAUUACUAGAUGCGCUUACAAGCAAGGUCACCACCAUCAACUUAGAACGUGUUCGCAUAUUAAAGAGCAGGGCUGUUGCAUUGACUCGAAGAGUUCAGAAGGUUAGAGAUGCGAUAGAGCACUUGAUGGAUAAUGAUGAUGAUAUGGCUGAAAUGUGUCUUACGGUGAAGAAGAAGACGAAGACGAAGACAAGGAUGGAGUCGUCAUUUUCUGGUGAUCAAUCUUCGAUGCAAUUCAGAUCGAAAGGACCCUCUGUUUCUGCUCCAGUUUCCCCUGUUUCUUCACCCCCUGACUCCGGCGAAAGGCUGAAACAUAGCUUAACCACCGUGUGGGGCCGCCGCAAGAGCAUGAGGGCUUCAGAGAGCACUCCAGAGAGUUUAGAAGAUCUGGAGGUGUUACUGGAAUCAUACUUUGUUUUGAUUGAUAGCAGCCUGAAUAAGUUGACAACGAUGAAGGAAUACAUUGAUGAUACAGAAGAUUUUAUCAACAUUCAGCUGGAUAGUCAGCGAAACCGGCUGAUUCAGUUUGAGCUGCUAGUCACAACUACAACCUUGGCUCUUGCCAUAUUUGGUACAGUAGUAGGAGUGUUUGGUAUGAAUUUUGACCUACCCUUUUUCGAUGACCCUGCUACAUUUAUCAGGAUCGUCAUAAUUGCCGGGGUUUGUGGGAUCAUCAUUUUUUCUGCCUCUCUGGGCUUCUUAAAGUACAAAAAACUCAUGCCUCAUUAAUGGAAUCAAAAUAUUAUAAAAUGAUCCGAGCUUGGCUUACCAGUA